GACCUAUCUAAUGAGUGAGGUGAGAGAGGAGUCGAGCGCUGGAUGAAAUAAUCAGCCUAACUCAGAUCGAUCCCAGCUUAAAGAACAAAUGACUGAAGAAACUCUACGGGAAUUGAAGUGUAAGCGGUGAGUUGAUUGCAAAGUAAAAUCUUAGAAAGGGCUUCUGCUAAAAUCUGGCGUUGCUGAGAAUUUGAGGUAUUUAUACACAGUAGGAAGGGGGAAUAAGGCCUAAGUAUACGGCACUAACUAACAGAAUACACAGGAUUAGGUAGUGGAAACUCACAUCUCAGUUAUAAUAUUUCAUCAUUGAAGUACUCAAACUGCAUAUAGUCUAUCUCAACAAAUCAACAUAUCAAUGGCAUCUUCAUCUUUAUCUCCUUCCGCUAUGGCCUAUUCUUCUCAGUUGUGGAAGUACCAUGUUUUUCUUAGUUUUAGAGGAGAAGAUACUCGGAAGACUUUUGUUGAUCAUCUCUACACGGCUCUUGUACAACAGGGGAUCUACACUUACAAGGACGAUGAAACAUUUCCUCGGGGAGAAUCAAUUGCCCCAUCCCUUGAGAAGGCCAUUGAAGAAUCACAAAUUGCUGUCAUCAUAUUCUCUAAAAACUAUGCUGAUUCUUCAUGGUGCUUAGAUGAACUUGUACAUAUCAUGAAAUGCAAGGAUAUGAGAGACCAAAUCGUUAUGCCCAUAUUCUAUGAUGUGGAUCCCUCUGAAGUGCGCAAACAAAAACGAAAAUAUGGAGAAGCUUUUGCUAUACAUGAGUUGGAUAACAAGACCAAGGUUGAAUCUUGGAGAAAAGCACUUCUGGAUGCAAGUAACCUUUCUGGAUGGGAACCCCAACACAUUGCCAACGGGCAUGAGUCAAAGUGCAUUAAAGAAAUUGUUGACAUAAUUUCUCAUAGGUUGCGUCCAAUAACUUCAAGUGUGGAUGACAACCUGAUUGGAGUAGAGUCCCGCAUGCAAGAUUUGAUAUCAAAGUUACAAAUUGGGUUUGGUGGUAAGAGAAUGAUUGGAAUAUGGGGAGUUGGGGGUGGUGAUAAGACUACUCUUGCCUCUUCUAUCUAUGAUGAAGUUUCUAGUAGGUUCGAUGGUUGUUGCUUUCUAAAAAAUAUCCGGGAGGAAUCAAUUAAAAAGAAUGGUCUUGAAAACAUGCAAGCAGAAAUUCUUUCUGGGGUUUUGAAACAAAAGCUAGUGCAAGUAGGAAGAGUUGAAGAAGGAAGGCGCAUGAUAAAGGAUAGGUUACACCAUAGGAAGGUGUUGAUUGUGCUUGAUGAUGUUGACAACCUUGAGCAGCUAGAACAGUUAGUUGGAUCACAUGAUUGGUUCGGUGAAGGAAGCCGGAUAAUAAUCACCACUAGAGAUGAGCAUGUAUUAAGUGGACACAGAGUAGAUGUUAUACACAAUAUUACCUUGUUAAACAAUGACGAGGCUAUGAAGCUUUUUUGUAAGCAUGCACCCCAGGGUCAGAAUCCUACAGAAGAUUAUGAGUUGCUUUCAAAAGAUGUGGUUUCUUAUGCCUGUGGGCUCCCAUUAGCACUUAGAAUUCUUGGUCGUUUCUUAUGUGACAAAGAUAUGAAUGAAUGGAGGAGUGCAUUGGCUAGAUUGAAAGAAAUCCCGGAUGCUAAUAUACUUGAAAAGCUAAAAAUCAGCUUCGAUGGACUUACACCUGUGGAGAGAGAGUUGUUCCUUGAUAUUGCAUGUUUCUUCAGAGGGCAUGAUUAUAAAGAUGAAAAGAUGAUGAUGAUACUUGAUGCUUGUGGUUUUCACCCUGUUAUAGGCAUAAAGGUGUUGAUACAAAAAGCUCUCAUAACUAUUUCGAAUAAAAGGUUUAGUAUGCAUGAUUUGGUACAAGAAAUGGCACACUACAUUGUUAGAGGGGGACACCCUAACAAUCCCGAAAAACAUAGUCGAGUUUGGAAGAGGGAAGAUGUUUUAAAUAUAUGUGCUAUGGAUGCAAUGGAGAACCUUGACAAGAUUGAAGCUAUAAAUUAUUGGUGUCUAAGAAGUACUCGCGAAUCACAAGUUUUUCUUCAGGUCAUUGCAAACAUGAAGAAACUUCGGUGGAUUGAUGUGAGCUUUGGAUUGACAUCUACAUUACCAGAAAAUUUUUCACCAAGGGAGCUGUGUUGUCUGAUAUUUUCUGGUGGCCUCAAGGAAACACAAAUUUGGGAGGGUUAUAAGUAUCUACCAAAUUUGAGGACGAUCAAUCUUGAUCUAAUGCCAAACCUAACGAAGACACCUAAUUUUGAUGGGCUUCGGAACAUUGAAAGAUUCAUGAUUAGGGGAUGUGGAAAAUUAAUAGAAAUUCAUCCAUCAUUUGGGCAUUUGGAAAAGCUAGUUUACGUAGUGAUAGACGGUUGUUUCAAUCUUCAGAUGCUUCCACCCAUUACCCGAUCGAAGAAACUUGAGACUCUUGAACUCUCAAAGUGCAGUAAACUUUUUAAUUCUUCAAGGAUACAGCAAAAAUUGUUGGAGCUGCCAUCAAGUAUAGCUGUUGUCAUAGCGGAUGAUUGUAACUCACUUGAAAGGUUUGGAGAUAUUUCAAACUGUAAAUGGUUGUGGAAAUUCUCAUUGUGGGGGAACAACAAACUUGGUCCACUUGAUGGUGACAUAUUACUAAACACCAUGCUCCAGGGAAAUGCCAAAGAUUACUUUAUGAGUAUCAACCUUUCAAACAUUGACAUUUGGAUGGAGACGUCUGUAGUUUGGAUCGACUGGGUGAAGACUUAUAAUAUGCAGCUUCCACAGAAUUGGGUGUAG